UCCCUUUAGCCUGAAAUGACAGAGACUAUCUCAUACGAUGCCGUAUCAAAACCAAAACCCACUAAUGUUGUGUACUAACCUAAACCAAUUCGUUUUAAGAUUCCUUCAUUUUCUCGGGAAACACCCUAUUACGACCACAUUUCCUCUACAUCAAACGAUUCCACCACCGUGAACAUGUCAGGACUCGACGGCGUAGAACACAAAACCCUCAAGGUAAACGGCAUAAACAUGCACGUGGCCGAGAUUCCGGCAUCCGGAUCUGGAAGAGAUCAGAUCAUCCUCUUCAUCCACGGAUUUCCAGAGCUCUGGUACACGUGGCGGCACCAGAUGACCGCGCUUUCGUCCUUGGGAUAUCGGACGAUAGCCCCGGAUCUUCGAGGGUACGGAGACACCGACGCGCCGGAGAAAGUGGAGGAGUACACUUACUUAAACGUGGUCGGAGACUUGGUGGCACUCAUCGACGCCGUGGCCGGUGGAGAUGAGGCGGUUUUCUUGGUGGGACAUGACUGGGGAGCGUUGAUUGCGUGGCAGUUGUGUAUGUACCGACCGGAGAAAGUCAAGGCUCUGGUCAACAUGAGCGUUGCCUUCUCUCCCAGGAACCAAGAUCGUGUCCCGAUGCCGACGUUUAGACGCGUCUUUGGUGACGAUUAUUACAUUUGCAGAUUCCAGAGAAAUAGAAGCAGAGUUCAAAGAGUUGGGAACAGAGAAGGUGUUGAAAGAGUUCUUCACGUACAAAACGGCUGGCCCGCUUUACCUCCCCAAAGGCAAACUUUCAAACGCCCAGAAAACGCUGCGUCUGCCACAAAACAGUGGUUAACACAAGAAGAUCUUGAAUAUUACGUCAGCAAGUACGAGAAGAAAGGCUUCACUGGAGCAAUUAACUACUACCGCAACAUUGACCGAAACUGGGAGCUAACUGCACCUUCGACCGGUGCCAAGAUUGGUGUACCGGUAAAGUUCAUAGUCGGAGAUCAAGAUUUGACGUACAAUUCACCGGGGAUUAAGGAAUACAUUCACGGUGGUGGAUUUAAGAGAGACGUACAGUUGCUCGAUGAAACCGUCGUGCUCAACGGAGUGGGACAUUUCCUCCACGAGGAAAAUCCUGACGUGAUCAAUCAACACAUUCACAGUUUCUUUCAAAAGUUCAUUUGAAAUAAAAAUUACUCAUUUUCUAU